AUGGCUCUGCCCAAGUACUCCCGGGUUGAGACUGAUGAUCUCGAUCAAGCAAAUGAAAAGUCUUUAGAUGGUUUCCAGAACCCAGCUCCUAAGCGACAAGAGAUACGAAGCUACCGGGGUAUAUCAAUCUCAUACUGGAUAGUCGCACAACUAGCCCUUUGGCUGUCGAGCCUGAUCCUGUUGAUCUUAGCACUUUUAUUAUACAAAAAUGCUCUUGCAAGGACCGGUUCAUAUGAGGCAGGUUGGAAGGAUACAGAACUUCGGGCUUCAUUUCCAUCAAUCCAACUAGAGAAGAUAACGGUGCAUCAAUACGUGAAAGUGCCCAACACGGCAAGUCUUGAGCCGUCUCCGUCGGUAUACAUUGGAGAACCAUCGGUAGAGAUUGAUACAGCCUGGGAGCUACUCAUCGCGCUAAUGAUACUUUUGCUAGAUGAGGAGGAGAUCGGGUCAUACGCAGACCUUACGGUCAAAAAUGAAGACGGCUACUAUAUCAGUGGACUACAGGUUCACCAUUAUUUGCACUGCCUGAACUCAUUGAGGAAAGCUUCAUACCAGCAUGUAUACGGCACGCCCUCGAAAAGUCAUCUGUCUCACCUUGAUCACUGUGUCGAUAUACUGCGACAAGCCUUGCAGUGCCAGUCAGACCUGACGCCCAUGCUAUUUUUCUACAAUGUUAAUCUCAAAGCCUAUCAGCCAGCAGUCGCUAGCGACACGGCCGCAGCGAGCAUUCUGCUCGAUUUCAACAUGGACAAACUCAGCGCCAAGGCGUCUAGCCUUGGAGAUCAUUUAUCAGCACCUGACGACUCAGAUCUACCGGAGCUUAGAAGGGAUUUCCACGAUGAGCAAUAUCUUUCGCAAUGUUCUCUGAAGUCUCGAGGCCUCCUACUUCUGACAUGUCCAAAUCUCGGCCUCCAAGUCUGCUGGUUCCUUCUCAUGUCCAGUGGCACGCCUUACUUAGAGUCGCUAGACAUAUCCAAAUCCAUCACGUCGUUGGUGUGGCUCACUGGCCCCAUCUUUGGUGCCUUUGCCCAACCGAUCUUUGGCAUCUUGAGCGACGAGUCGCGGCACCCGUGGGGAAAGAGGAAGCCGUUCAUCCUCUGUGGUGCGUCGUGUGUCGCCACAUGCUUCCUCGCCCUCGCCUGCGCGGAGGACAUUACAGAUGGGCCGACGAACCCUUCCACAGCGGAUAGCGACAGCACGAAGCACUGGUAUACUCAAGUUUUUGCCAUUGCGUGCGUGGGCGUCAUCACUUUCGCGAUGCAAGCUUAUCAGAGCGGUGUACGCGCUCUGAUCGUAGACAAUUGCCCUCCCCAACAACAAGCUGCAGCGAGUGCCUGGAGUAUGAGAUGGAAUGUGGCAGGUAACCUUGUUCUGUCCACUGUCGGCUUCUUGGAUGCGAAAAGGACCUUCUUCAGACCAGAGGGGAACGCCAAGUUCAAGAUCCUGGCCGUGGUGACUACCGCUUGCAUUGUGGUCACCGUCGGUCUUGUAUCUUACUAUGUCGCCGACAGCAGCCAGAAUCCGCGGGGUAAAAGUCGACAACCGCUGACGAAACUAUGUUGGUCCAUGUUAUGUCCCGCUGAACUAAGUAAACACUGGAAUCAACUCCCUCCAGUGAGUCAUCGAGUCUGCACUAUCCAGCUUUUCGCUUGGGUGGCUUGGUUUCCCGUCCUAUACUACACGUCUACAUUCGCCUACGAAACAGUUCUGCCCUAUAAUUUUGCAAGAGAACUGCAUGAAAAGGGGCAACUUGACAUUCGCUUGAUCGAACAUGCAGAGUUGCACCGCUCGUCAUCUAUGCUCUACUUCGCCUUUGCUACAUUUGCCACGAGCCUCCUGCUUCACAUGAUCGAGCACGCUAUGCCAGCUUUCGACCAUACGCAGCCCAGAAUCUGGUUCUUCUCGCAAUGCUCCUUGGGAUUCUGUCUGCUUCUCACCUUCUUCGCACGCACUGGCGCCACAGCCACAAUCAUCAUCAGUGUGAUGGGUGCCAGUUGGGCAGUCGCCAUGUGGAUCCCAUUUGCACUCAUCAGUGCUGAGAUCUCACAGCCUUCACCAAGCAAGCUGGGUGGGAAGACAGGCUGGAUAUUAGGACUACACAACAUGGCCAUGUCUCUGCCUCAGAUCGUCUCGGCGAUUUUGUGCGCAGUCAUAUUAGGGGCACUUAGGUGGCUGAAUAUAGGAGACGGCAUCGCGUGGAUAUUCCGGCUGGCCAGCAUAGCAGUGUUCUACUCAGCCUACUUGAUCAACAAGCUGUAA